AUGUAUGGUAGUAAUCAUGCACCAAUGCCAACAACCGUAGGUAUUAAGUUGACCAAGGAAGAUUGCAACAACAACGUUGAUCCGAAUAGGUAUAAGAGUUUGGUUGGAAGCUUGAUGUAUUUGACAGCAACUAGGCAUGAUAUAAUGCAUGUAGUGAGUUUCAUUUCUAGAUUUAUGGAGAAUCCCAAGGACAUUGAUUGGCAAGAAGAUAGUGAUUGGGAAGGAAGUAUAGAUGAUAGGAAGAGCACGUUUGGGUAUGUGUUUCAUUUGGGUUUGAGUGCAAUCCCAUGGGCUUCUAAGAAGCAACCCAUUAUUGCCCUAUCAACAACUGAGGUUGAGUAUAUAGCCGCGAAUGUAGCAGCAUGUCAAGCUAUUUGA